AUGUUUUCAAUUGCAGGCCCUUCAUCGACAUCAACAUCAGAAAUUAAUAAUGGUGAGCAGAUCACUGAGCCAGAAACAACAGUUUCAGUCACUCAUCAAUCUACACCUGCAUCUGAAGAAGAAAUUAUAGCAUCAGCAAAUGAAAACUCAUCAAUACAAUUCAACUAUUCAAACCAGCCAGAAAAAAUGUUGAUGGAGCCGGGCAUUAACCAAGUUAUUAUAGACCACUUAAAAAAGAAAGUUGAACAGUUGACUGAAAAAGAAAAAUAUUGCGCUCUGUUAUUUGAUGAAAUGACUCUAGAAUGUAAUGUAGAUUACGAUCCCGUUGCAGGUUUAAUAGACGGUUUUCAAGAUUUAGGUGAAUAUGGUGGCCGAUCUCGAGAUUUUGCCGACCACGCUCUUGUAUUUAUGCUGCAAAGUAUCUAUGAAAACAUUGAAGAGCCUAUAGCUUACUAUUUCACUAGUGGUAUAAUUUCAUCAGAACAUUUAGUUAAUUUAAUAAAUGUCAUUAUCAAAACUGUCCAUGCAAUUGGAUUUCAAGUUAUCACUACAGUUUGUGAUCACAGUGUCCGAAAUGUAGGUGCAUUAAACUUACUUAAAAAGAGAAGUGGCCUUCCUCCAGAUCAAAAUUACUUUUUGCUCAACCAAGAAAAAAUAUAUAUAGUUUUCGAUGUCCCGCAUCUCUUUAAAUCGAUAAGGAACAACUUUCUCAAGGCUGGAGUUAUGAUGUUGAGUAACAAAAGAGCUCAGUGGUCUCAUUUAGUUAAGGUCGAAGAAAGAAAUCGGAUCAAACGUCUGGGGUAUACUAAAAUAACAAAAAUGCACAUUGCUCCUAACAAUAAAGCUAAAUUGAGAGUAGAAAUAGCUGCUCAGAUUUUGAGCAACACGGCAGCUAAUAUUUUGAAAAUGAUGUCUGAGGACUUUGAAAAAGAAGUAGGCAAUGCUUUAUUACAGACUGCUGAAGUUAUUGAAGAGCUUGAUCAAUUGUUCGACUGCACCAACGGACCUGGUGAAAAUGAUGUGAACAAGGAUAUACGGACAAACGUUCACAGAAACAGUACCCACCACCAACUUUGGUCAAAAUACAAAGAAUUACUAAACACCGUAGUUUUUUCAGAAUUGGAUCAUGAAGUAAAAUUAAAAUUUCGAUGUAUUAACAGCUACAUUAUAACAUUAAAAUCUCUAGAAUGUAUCUGGGAGUAUGUUGCCUCAAAAGGAUGUGAUCAUCUUAAUUUGAGACGACUCAAUCAAGACGCGCUGGAAAACUUAUUUCGAAUGAUAAGGCAACAUAAUCCAACAGAGAAAAAUCAAACAUGUCAUAAAUUCAAAAAAGCCUUAAAAUCUAUAAUAAUGACUCGUCUCGGCAUUCCAUUUAGUGAAGAGCCCGAUGAAAUGGACGAGUUAUUAUCUGAUUUUGAAGAUUAUAUUAGUGCAUUCCUAUAA